GCUUCAUGUAUCUGCACUCAGUGCUAAAAAACCCGUAUAUUUGGAAAAUGAUAUUGCUGCUCGUCAAGAAUAUGUCGAAAUUAUCGAUAGUGAUGAAGAUAUUUCUGAUGAUGAAUCCAAACAGGAUGGAAAUGACGAAUGUAUGCCUCAAAACGUAAUUGACACAGUUGAAAAUGAACUUUGCAAUAUAAUUAAAAAAACUCUAAAUGGGUUUGAAAUACAAAAUCAACUCACUUGGACCAGAAGUAUUUUGGAAGCGCGAUUUAAGCGUAUUGCAGAUGAAUCCAAACUUAUUGGCGCAGAAUUACGCGAAUUACAAGAUAAAACUAAUAAUAUGUAUCGUUCACUUUACAGUACACCGAAAGUGAAGUUGCGUGAAAUGCCACCAAUACACUUAAAUACGGAGGGAGAAUAUGUAAACGCUGAAAUGGAGAUUCCUGUUGGAGAAUUGGUACGACAUCCCGUACAAAUCAAUGGUACUUACUAUGCUGUGAAGAAUAAAGCAAUUGCAAGUUGGGUACCAUGUAAAAUAAUUGAACAAGUUGAUGGCAAUGUUGGUUCACAGAAAAACCUAAAACAUUUUAAAAUAAAAUUCUUAAAGUCACAAUAUCAAAUGCUUAAGACCGUGUCCGCAAAACAUUUAGCAUAUUUCGAUCCUCCAAAAGUGCGUUUAGAUAUUGGUGAACGCGUUAUAGCUUAUUUUAACGCCUCAUCUUUGUCACGUGGGAAAGAUAAGAUGUCCAUACAAAGUGCUUUUUAUCCUGGUAUAAUAGCUGAACCACUAAAACCAAGCAAUAAAUAUCGAUAUCUAAUUUUCUAUGAUGAUGGUUAUACCCAAUACGUACAACAUAAAGAUGUGCGUUUGGUUUGUCACACAUCGGAAAAUGUUUGGGAGGAUGUACAUCCAGCUUCUCGUGAAUUUAUACAGAAAUAUUUAACCCAGUACUCUAUAAAUCGUCCAAUGGUACAAACCCACAAAGGACAGAAUAUGAACACAGAAUCGAAUGGCAAAUGGAUAUAUGCACGUGUUAUGGAUAUUGAUUGCAGUUUGGUUUUAAUGCAGUUUGAAGGCGCUAAAAGUCACACAGAAUGGAUAUAUCGAGGUUCCUUACGUUUAGGUCCAGUUUUUAAGGAAUAUCAAAAAUCGUUAGAACAAACAACAUCUCCCAAAUCUCGCUUACCAAGACGCACAGAACCAUUUAUACGUUAUACAGAAGAUGAGGAAGCUACGACAAGAAUCUCGGAGACCCGUGCUGUAGCUAAGAAGAGUGUAAGUCGUCAAGAUUCAUACACACAACAAAGUACAUCACAAGCACAAAACAACAAAGUACCACAAGUACGCCACUUAAACAAUUCAACAAUUUAUCUUGAAGAUGAGAGUAAACCGAAAGGAAAGGUUGUAUAUUACACAGCAAAGCGAAACUUGCCGCCUAAAAAGUUCGUAAAGCACAAUUGUUCUCCUUCUUGCUUGUACAGGGUACAGCACAAUCUCAGCGCAUAUAGUCCAUUAUCAAAACCACUACUCUCCGGUUGGGAGCGUUUGAUAUUUAGACAAAAAUCUAAGAAACUUAUUGUGUAUCGCGCGCCAUGUGGGCGAUCUCUACGAAAUAUGGCCGAUUUACAUAAAUAUUUGCGUAUCACACGGAACGUUUUGAACGUGGAUAAUUUUGAUUUUAGUGCAGAAACGAAUUGCUUAGCUGAAUAUGUUAUUGAUAGUGCGAUUGUGCAGAAACGUGACAUAUCUAAUGGUUUGGAGAAAAUGGCUAUUCCUUUGGUUAACUACUAUGACGGUACACUGCCGCCGGAAUGCGAAUACGCUGCCGAACGCAUACCAACUGAAGGUGUUAAUUUAAAUCUUGAUGAGGAAUUUUUAGUUGGUUGCGAUUGUGAAGAUGAUUGUUCGGAUAAGAGCAAGUGCUCUUGCUGGCAGCUUACUAUAUCUGGAGCAACAUAUAAAAACUUAAAUGCUAGUAUAGAUGAAAUUGGGUAUCAGUACAAACGGCUGUACGAACACGUCCCAACUGGCAUUUAUGAAUGCAAUUCUAGAUGCAAGUGCAAGAGUAAUUGCCUUAAUCGUGUCGUACAACAUUCUUUGCAAAUGAAGCUACAAGUGUUUAAAACCUCAAAUCGUGGUUGGGGUUUGCGUUGUUUAAAUGAUAUACCGCGUGGUAGUUUUAUUUGUAUCUAUGCUGGACAUUUGUUGACCGAGUCUAAAGCUAAUGAAGGUGGACUUGAUGCCGGUGAUGAAUAUUUUGCUGAAUUGGAUUAUAUAGAAGUAGCUGAACAACUCAAAGAAGGUUAUGAAUCAGAUGUUGAACCACUUGAACCUGAAGAUGAAGAGGAAGAUGAUGAUGCUUACAUGCCGGAAGAUGAUGAUGAAUUUACUCCAAGUAAAGCAUAUCUCUAUCGUUCAAAAGGCAAACCUAAAAGAUCGACACGUUUCAGUCAGUCUGGAACCAAUGAAAAUGAAUCUCAAGAACGACAGGUUAUUAAUUUUGAUCCUAAUGCUGAUAUGGAGGAAACUACUACUAGGCAUUUAUCAAUGCGUAAAUUGUUUGGUAGGAACGAGGCUUGCUAUAUUAUGGAUGCUAAAACUAUUGGCAAUCUUGGACGUUAUUUUAAUCACUCUUGUUCACCAAAUCUAUAUGUUCAGAACGUUUUUGUUGACACACAUGAUUUACGUUUUCCAUGGGUGGCAUUUUUCGCUUCAACUCAUAUACGCUCUGGUACUGAGUUAACUUGGAAUUAUAACUAUGAAGUAGGUGUAGUCCCGGGAAAAGUGUUAUACUGCCAGUGUGGCGCACCAAAUUGCCGUCAGCGCCUACUAUAAAUGAAAUAACAACUAGUGUUAAUUAUAUUCUAAAUUGUAAUAUAAAUAUGUAGCAUAAAAUUUAUUUAAAAUACAUAAUACAGAUUUGAAUUUAAAUUUUAAGUAGUUUAUAGUUACUGAAAUAAUGUGACAAGCGAAAUUUGUAGCAUAGUAUUUUUAAUUACAUUUUUAAC